ACGACACAUCCUGGCGUUGUGCGUCACGUGACCUGCACUGCAACCGGGUCACACUUCAAACUUAAUGCACCAAAACCUCAUCUGAUAAAACAACGCGUUGAAUCUGAGGACAGUCUAUCGGUUUACAUUUCUCGCAGUCGAUAAUAAACAAUGUCGCUCUCAGCAGCGCGUUCUUUUCUGUCGGAGGCGGCAUACGGCGAGCAGGAGCUGGACGCUAAUUCAGCGCUGAUGGAGCUCGAUAAAGGUUUACGGUCUUGUAAACUGGGAGAGCAGUGUGAAGCUGUGGUCCUUUUUCCCAAACUCUUCCAGAAAUACCCGUUCCCCAUCCUCAUCAACUCUGCCUUCCUGAAGCUGGCAGACAUCUUCAGACUUGGGAACAACUUCCUGCGGCUGUGUGUGCUGAAGGUCACACAGCUGAGCGAGAAACACCUGGAGAAGAUCCUAAACGUGGAUGAGUUUGUCAAAAGAGUGUUUUCAGUCAUCCACAGCAAUGACCCUGUGGCCCGAGCAAUCACCCUCAGAAUGCUGGGAAGUUUAGCCUCCAUCAUUCCAGAGAGAAAGAACGCUCACCACAGCAUCCGCCAAAGCCUGGACUCUCAUGAUAAUGUUGAAGUAGAAGCGGAUUUUGCAGCUGCUAGCUUCUCAUCACAUUCCAAAGAUUUUGCGGCAGGAAUUUGCAACAAGAUUAGUGAGAUGAUUCAAGGACUGGACACUCCAGUGGAGCUGAAGCUGAAGUUGAUCCCAAUGCUGCAGCACAUGCAUCAUGAUGCCAGCCUGGCGUCGUGCAGCAGAGAGUUACUGCAGGAGCUGGUGUCCUCAUACCCAUCCACAUCUAUGCUAAUCGUCACACUGCACACCUUCACCCAGCUGGCCACAUCCUCCCUCGUCGACAUCCCGGAGCAGAUUUGUCUUCUUCUCCAGUACUUGAAGGAAGACCCCAGAAAAGCUGUGAAAAGACUCGCCAUUCAGGAUCUCAAACUCUUGGCCAAAAAAGCUCCUCAUUUGUGGACCCGGAAGAACAUACAGGUGCUGUGCGAGUGUGCUCUCAACACCCCAUACAACAGCCUUAAGCUGGGAAUGCUAUCUGUCCUCUCCACAUUGUCUGGCACCAUCGCUAUUAAACAGUACUUCAGCCCUAAUGCAGGCGAUGCAUCUCCAGCACCUCUCCACACUGACCUGGUGAAGCUGGCACAGGAGUGCUGUUAUCACAGUGACCUGGCAGUGGCAGCACAUGGAAUCACAGUGUUGACCAGCAUCGCUGCUUCCUGCCCAGAGAAAGAGGUCAUUCAGCUGGAACAGGAAACAGUAAUGGGGAUGGAGUCUCUGAUUCUGCUCUGCAGUCAAGAUGACAGUAAGACUGCCCAGGCCACACUAAAAACGGCGCUCACGUCUCUCGUGCAGAUGUUGAAGACCUGUCCUCAUCUCAGUCAGAGCUCAGUGGAGCUCCUGCUCCGGCAGCUGCACUGCGCGUGUGACUCUGCUCGGGUACUCAUGUGCCAGGCUCUGGCUGCUAUUGCCACACAACAACCAGUGCUGGCAGAGGGAAUGCUGGGAGACCUGCUGGAGCUCUUCAGGGUGGCAAGUCACAGGACUUCAGAGAAACAGCAGGAGCUUCUGGUGUCUUUGGCAACUGUUUUAUUUGUGGCCAGUCAGGCAUCUCUCUCAGCUGAAGUGAAGACUGUGAUCAGACAACAGUUGGAGAAUGUGGCCAAUGGCUGGACUGUGUACCGAAUUGCCAGACAAGCAUCCCGCAUGGGCUGUCAUGACUUUUCCAGGGAGUUGUACCAGAGUCUUCGCACCCGUGUGGCCUCCGAACACUUUUACUUCUGGCUGAACAGUCUGAUGGAGUUUUCCCAGGCAGAGCAGUGCCUCAGCGGCCUGGAAGAUGGAGACUACAGCGCAGCAAUGAGCGCCAUCUCUGAAUCGCUUAAAUCCUACCAGAAGGGAAUCGCAUCUCUCACGGCCGCCAGUACGCCGUUGAGUCCACUGACGUUCCAGUGCGAGUUUGUGAAGCUGCGUAUAGACACUCUUCAGGCUCUGUCUCAGCUCAUCUGCACCUGCAACAGUCUGAAGACCAGUCCUCCUCCUGCCAUCGCCACCACCAUCGCUCUGUCCUCGGGCAGUGACCUGCAGCGCUGCGGACGCAUCUCCACACAGAUGAAGUUAUCCAUGGAUGAGUUUCGAAAUCUCGCAGCUCGCUAUGCUGACCUGUACCAGUCUUCGUUUGAUGCAGACUAUGCCACCCUUCGCAAUGUUGAACUACAACAGCAGAGUUGCUUACUCGUAUCUUAUGUUAUCGAGGCUUUAAUAAUCGAUCCUCAAACAGCCAGUUUCCAGGAGUUCGGCACUCAUGGAUCAGUUCAGGCAGAGAGCGAGUAUGAACUGAGAAUGAUGGCUGUGUUCAAUCACGUCCUGGAGGAAGUGGAAAACUUAAGCAGGAAACACCCACCUGUCUCUUACCUGCACACCGGCUGUCUGUGUGAUGCUGUCAUAGCCAUCCUGAAAAUCCCGCUGUCGUUCCAGAGAUAUUUCUUUCAGAAGCUUCAGUCCACUAGCAUUAAACUUGCUCUCUCUCCAUCUCCCCGCACACCCAAUGAGCCGAUCCCAGUGCAGAACAACCAGCAGCUGACCUUAAAAGUGGAGGGUGUUAUUCAGCACGGCUCCAGUCCAGGACUCUUCCGGAAGAUUCAGGCAGUCUGUCUUAAAGUCAGCUCAACCUUGCAGACAAAACCAGGAUCAGACUUCAAGAUUCCUCUCGAUUCCAAGUCCAACGAGAUUGAGCAGAAAGUGGAGCCUCAUAACGAUUACUUCAGCACACAGUUCCUGCUCAACUUCUCCAUCCUGGGCACACACCAGGUAUCUGUUGAAGCCUCGGUGGUGGACACCAGUGGGAUCGAAUGGAAGACCGGCCCAAAAACCACCGUUUCAGUGAAGUCUCUGGAAGACCCGUAUUCCCAGCAGCUUCGGCAUCAGUUACAGCAGCAGCAGCAGCAGAGCGUCCCACAGCCUGCAGCCCAGAGGAACAUCAGCACCCGCUUCCAGUAAACACAACCAAACCAGUACAUACUGCUGCAUUAUAAUCUUCUCUAGUGCUCUGUACACUAACUCCUCGUGAACCUAUGUUUGGAAGCAGCAUUAGGGUUCAUUUGAUCACUGUGUAAUAAUAAAUAGGUUUACUUUUUCUUUGUUUUCUGCAUCGGACAAAUUAUCUGUCUGCAUUUUUAAUAAAAUAUCUGACAUACA